CACAAUUAUAUGCUUUAGCUUAGUUCCGCUUAAUUUCUAGAACUAUCAAAUUUGCAAUAUUAGUUAUAAAAAUGGAGCCGAUGACGCUUGGAAGUCCUACACACUCGCCGUCAGGGAGUCCGAAUGUGGGAUACCUGCCACCUUUCCUGUUAGGGGAAAUUAACCCUCCUUCUACACCCAGAACCAACAGCCUAUCUCCUACGAAGGGUCGGAACCUCGCGUUUGGUUCACCCACAAGCCCAACUCAAACCUCCACACCAGACCAAAAACAUUACCGUCAGAACCUCUCCAUGCACCAGCAGGCCCUGUACAACCAGCAAAACAUGUUUGCCAAUGGCCCCACUUCACCAAACACAUCAUACAAUCCCAACACGUCAUACAAUCCCAACAUGUCUUACAAUCCACCCAACAUGUCUUACAACAACAGUAAGACCACAGGACCACCCAUAGAGGACUUGUUUGACACAAUUAAAAGCAAUGAACCAUCUGUAAACAAGUCACUAUUCCAAGAGCAAAGCUUCUACAAUAACUCUGUGUUGCAAAAUUCUUAUAUGAACAAUAUGAAUGGAUCUAGCAUGAACCCAGUGGCGUGGGACGGGAGCCAGGAGCAAGAAGAAUACUGGGUGACGGUGUUUGGAUUUCCACCAAAUGCUGCAAAUACUGUAUUAGCGAGAUUCAGUAAUUGUGGUGCUAUUUUAGACAAGCAAUACCCAACGCAAGGCAACUGGGCGCACAUCCGCUACGCGACGCGCGCCGAGAAGGAGCGCGCCAUGGCGCUGAGCGGGCGCCAGGUGCUGCCCGGCGUCAUGGUGGGCGUGGCCGAGUGCCGCGAGCCGCCGAGGCAGCCCGUCAGCCCGAGCGUCACGAGACAAACCCAAGGCGCCCGUUCCCUGUGCCCGACGCCCGUGCCGUCGGCGCCGGUGCCGCAGCGCUCCAACGGCCUCAUCUCCAAGGCCCUGGACUACGUGCUGGGCUGGUGACACGGCCUCAACGCUGUCAGGCGACUGUGGCUUAUGAUAGACUAUGAACUGUGGACUUCAAAUUACUGAUAUUUUCGUAAUGAUGAGUAGGGUGUAUCUAGACUCUUUGGACUGUGUGUGGCGGUUAACAUUAACAUACAGCGAUGUGUCUUGCCGCAGAAAAAAACAUGCAGUUUACUCAUAUCUACAACAGCAUAAAACAGUUGCUAUCAGAUACAUUUUCCUGUGGAAUUCUACGGAACUGAUAUGUAAAUCAAGGAAUCUAUUGUGACAUGAUUUGAUAUGGAAUAUUUUUAGACUUCAUCAAUUUAGCUUGCAUUUUCUCCUAAAUAAAUAUACUCUUUUUCUAAUGUAAAUAAUAAAAUCAACAUGCUUUAAUUAAUAGCUAAAUUACAAUAUGAGGGAAUGCAAAACUAUUAAAUGUUAAGUUAUUAGUC